UUUUGAUUCUCAUUCGUAUCGCGCGUGCCGUUCAUCAGAAAACGGACCGGAUGGUCAGUGCAGUGCUCACGUAAUUUCGCGAGUGUCUUUCGUUCGCGGGUUUCUAAAUUUUUUUUGGCAAGCAAGUAAACGAAUCCGGAUUCUAACGGAUUGACGGAAGUGUGUGUACUGGAAUGGGCGGCGUCGAUACCAGCAGGUGGAAACCAAGACGAGUCCACGGAACUGUAAUCAACAAAACCCGGAACAAGUUUGCUUGGGCUGUGAUUGCCGUUGGCAGUCUCAGCUUCGGGGCGUUUUACUCGAUAAUCCGGUACAUUGGCGGUGAAGAUCUGCAACAACGUAUGAAAAGGGAUUUCUUUACACAGACUGAAGAGGAGAUUGAUCGGAAGAAUUUGAUGCGACACUCUCUGUUGGCACCAAAACGAGGGGACAGUAUACGGAAAAUUCUGGAACAACAGAAGAUCGAUAACAGUGAGAAGUAGAAAAAGUCGAUCAUCAUGCCUAAGAUUAAGUAUCCUAAGUUACGUUUAUCGAAACCGUCGACUUCCGGUUCCAGUGGGAGUAGUAGCAGCAGUAUCACUAGCGUCGUUGUUCCCUUGGAAAAUGGGUAAAAUGCUUUUAUUAUAAUUACAGUUGAAACAUUGUAGUUGAUUUAGCACUCAUAGUAAUAAAUUCG